AUGUCAAGCGACGAAUUUAGUGCUAAACUAGGAAAAGUGUCAUUUCAUGGUUGAACAGGGAAUUGUCUUGGGUCAUUCAAUUUCUAGCAAAGGCAUUGAGGUUGACAAAGCAAAGAUUGAAGUUAUUGCAAAGCUGCCACCUCCUACAUCAGUAAAAGGUGUGAGGUCCUUCUUAGGACACGCAGGUUUUUAUCGUCGGUUCAUCAAGGAUUUCUCCAAGAUUAGUCGACCUUUGUGCACUUUAUUGGCUAAGGAUGCACCAUUUAAUUUUGAUAAGGCUUGUUUAGAAGCAUUCAACAAGUUGAAAGCACUCUUAACUUCGGCACCCAUCAUUGCUGCACCAAAUUGGGAUUUACCAUUUGAACUAAUGUGUGAUGCGUCAGAUUAUGGUGUUGGGGCAGUUUUAGGGCAGCGAAAAGAUAAGCUUCCCCAUGUCAUCUAUUAUGCAAGUCGUACUAUCAAUGAUGCACAGCUUAACUAUGCAACUACAGAGAAGGAAUUGUUGGCAGUUGUGUUCGCACUAGAGAAAUUUCGGUCUUAUUUGGUUGGGGCUAAAAUAAUUGUCUAUACGAAUCAUGCUGCACUAAAAUACUUGUUGUCUAAGAAGGAUGCAAAGCCUAGAUUGAUUCGUUGGGUUCUUUUACUUCAAGAAUUUGACUUAGAGAUUAAAGACAAGAAGGGCAGUGAGAAUGUUGUGGCUGAUCAUUUAUCUAGAUUAAUUAUUCCAGCAGCUACAGAGGCAUAUUCUCUACCAUUGAGUGAAAGUUUCCUAGAUGAACAGCUAUUUGCUGUCAAAAUUGACACACCUUGGUUUGCAGAUAUUGUCAAUUAUUUGGCUAAGGGUGUGGUGCAUCCAGAUUUUUCCUACCAACAGAAAAAGAAGUUUUUAUCUGAUGUAAAGCACUAUUUCUGGGAUGAACCGUACUUAUACAAGUAUUGUGCAGACCAGAUUAUUCGCAGGUGUAUUCCGGAGGCUGAACAGGAAAGUGUUUUAAAGUUUGCUCAUCACUACGCUUGUGGAGGACAUUUUGGGCAGAAAAGGACAGCAGAGAAAAUCCUACAGACUGGGGAAAAGCGGAAAUUGCAGUUAAAUGAGCUAGAGGAAAUUCGUCAAGGUGCUUAUGAUAGUUCUCGCAUCUACAAGGAAAGAACUAAUGCAUUUCAUGACAGUCAAAUUUUACGGAAGGAAUUUCAGCCAGGGCAAAAGGUUCUAUUAUUUAGUUCAAGGCUCAAGUUGUUUCCAAGGAAAUUAAAAUCUCGUUGGACUGGACCCUACCUAGUGACUCAAGUUUUUCCUCAUGGAGCAGUUCAAAUCACUAAUGAAGAUAAAGGCAACACAUUCAAGGUGAAUGGUCAUAGGCUGAAACCCUACGUGGAGACACCGUUUGACAUUGCAGCCGAGUCUUUGACUCUGAAGGAACCAGUGAUUUGA